AUGGCUUCCCAGGGUGUUAAUGUCUUCCGUUAUUCGGCUCUCGUUGCCGGUCUCGUCUACGGUGUCUACCACCAGUCCUCGCUCAACUCCGUCACCAAGCGCGCAGAGAUCGAGCACGAGUACACCCGCAAGGAGCGCCUGAUCGAGCAGGCCAAGGCCGAGUACAAGAAGAAGACCCAGCCCCAGCAGGAGGUCAAGACACAAUCCAGCGGACUCAUCACGAAUUUCGAGGACCCCAAGUUCGACCUUGAGGCUUUCCUGAAGGCCAACGAAUAA